GUUACUGCGUUACGUAUAAGCACUGUCUGUUUGGAAAGGUUUUAUCAAUAAGAGCAAAAUGUUUAGAGUAAACAUCAAUAAUGUGGAGGACAUCCGUUUUAUUUUACAGGAGAUAAUCCAAUAUAAAGUUAAGGGGUUAUGGAGAUAGAUAUGGAUUUGAAGACAACAGACAUUUAAGACAACAUGGAAGAAUGAGCAACUCUAGAAGAUCCUCUUCCGGUCAGUUUGUCCAGCACCGAUUGUACACCAUUAACAGGGCGGGGUCCGGGGAGGCAUUCUACAUCCUCCUGACUCCUGACCACAAUGAUGUCCUGACCUAUCAGAUCAAGACCGAGCACUGGAAGGCCACCAAGGACAUCAGUCACUUUGGGGUCGCCAUCGUCAACAACUUCCUGUACAUUAUUGGCGGGUUUAACGUGGCCACUGCCAAGCACGUGAAAAGAGUUGUCAGAUUUGAUCCAGACGACGGGACAUGGAAAGACGUUAAACCUCUUCCAGUCGCGCGUGCCAAGUUCGCUACUGCUGUAUUGGAUGGCAAAAUCCUGGUUCUAGGUGGGGAGGAGAGCAACGGCAAAGUUCUGUCUUCCUGUGAAAUGUAUGACCCGGAAGUGAACGAAUGGACAGAGGCACCACCGCUUGUCUCACCAAGAGCGAACCACGCAUGCGUGGUGCACCACAACGAAAUAUAUUGCGCAGGCGGUUACUAUGGAAACAAGAGUCACAGAAAUAUCUGGACCUACGAGGGCAGACGUUGGGAAGAUCUGGGAAGACCUUACCCACAUCAACUUCCGGAAAGUCUAGAUAGGUUCGCCAUGACAACAGUCGGCAGACAUUUAUAUUUUAUUGGAGGUGUAAUGUGUUCCAUGGAUAAUCAAGAAAAGAAAUUAAAAUUUGUAACACACCGUCGUAUUUUUUCCUACACGACCAGCGUGUCAGCCAUGUCUCGACCGGAAGUGGUGGAUGAGGAGGAGGAAGACCCAGAUGACGAGAAACCCGUUCUUGUGUCUGAGUUUAUUACCCCCUGGGACCUAGCUUUACCCAAUAUGUCAUUCGGUCGUCAUAGUCAUGGUGUCGCUGCUGUCGGGACUCGUAUUUUUGUCAUGGGGGGAUCAUUGCUGGAAACAGGUCAACAAGUUCGUAUAGUGGAAGUGUUCGAUACAGAGAAAGGAGAGUGGGAGGAAGAUUUCCGGUUCCGGAAAGGCGAUGUUUCAAAUGUAACUUGUGCAAUUUUGGAAGUUCCUUACAAGCAAGAAGAAACUCGAGUGAACGAACGACUAAAAUGGAUACUGUGGUAGAUGAUCAUUAAGAACAAAGGGAAGCCACUUUCAGGAUAUUCACACACUCCAUGUCAGAGAAAGGAUGCGCUGAAGCAGUUAUUCCUACAUAUCAUAUAUGUCUAUGUUCUGGUCAAAUUAUUGAAUUUUUAUAUAUACACAUAAAAUUGUUAUCUUUUUUAUUGUUAAGUGAUCUCUGUAUUAAUUAAAUAAACAUGUUAA